GCCACCGCGUGCUGCCCACCGCCCUCCUCGAGCAGCAGCGGCGGUAGCGGCAGGCAGCCCGCUCCGGAGCCUGCGGGGAGCCCUGCCCGCCCGCCCGCCCGGCCGAGAGCGGAAGGAGGAGAAGGGGAAAGGGUUCCCCCUCCUGAGGGAGAAGCCCAGCGCCAUGAGCCCCGAGGAGAAGCCGCCAUCCAGCCGUUCCCGCGAUGACCGGCCGCCGCCGCCACCGCCGCCGUCCCAGUCCGCUCCCGGCCGAGGCCGGCGGCGGGGCGGCUUCCUGACGGAGAUCCGCACGCCUAUCCGCACCGAGCCCUUCCAGGAGCGGUACAGCCUCAGCCCCGGCAGGGAGCUCGGCAGAGGAAAAUUUGCAGUGGUGAAGAAGUGUAUCCAGAAAGACACUGAAAAAGAGUUUGCAGCAAAAUUCAUGAGAAAAAGAAGAAAGGGCCAAGACUGUCGUAUGGAAAUAAUUCAUGAAAUUGCAGUCCUGGAGCUGGCACAAUGCAACCUUUGGGUCAUUAACUUGCAUGAAGUUUAUGAAACUGCAACAGAGAUGAUUUUAGUCCUGGAAUAUGCUGCUGGAGGUGAAAUCUUUGACCAGUGUGUGGCUGAAAGGGAGGAAGCCUUCAAAGAAAAAGAUGUUAAACGACUUAUGAAGCAGAUCUUAGAAGGAGUUUCAUUCUUGCACAGAAACAAUGUGGUUCAUCUCGACUUAAAGCCCCAAAAUAUUCUUCUAACCAGUAAGUCCCCUUUGGGAGACAUUAAGAUAGUAGAUUUUGGCCUUUCCAGAAUAAUGAAAAGCAGCGAGGAACUAAGAGAAAUUAUGGGAACUCCAGAAUAUGUAGCUCCUGAAAUUCUGAGUUAUGACCCAAUCAGUACAGCAACCGACAUGUGGAGCAUUGGAGUACUGGCAUAUGUUAUGCUAACAGGGAUAUCACCUUUCUUAGGGGAUGAUAAACAAGAAACAUUCUUAAAUAUAUCUCAAAUGAAUGUAACUUACUCUGGAGAAGACUUUGACCUCAUAUCAGAGUCCGCUGUGGAUUUCAUCAAAACUCUGCUGGUUAAGAAACCCGAGGACCGGGCAACUGCUGAAGAAUGUCUUCAGCAUCCAUGGUUAGAACAAAGCGAUAAUCCUGCUUGCAGGGCCUGGCAUAAGAGUGCAGGAGGGGAGACCAGUGAUGUCACCCAGAAAGAUGCAGAUUCAGCCUCUGAAAAAUCAGUAGAUGCUGAGAAGACUGAAGAGGAAGAAUCAAUAGUGACAGAAGAACUAAUUGUAGUGGCUUCAUAUACACUGGGACAAUGUAGGCAGUCAGAAAAAGAAAAAGUAACUGAGCAGAAAGCCAUUUCCAAACGAUUUAAAUUUGAGGAACCGUUGCUGCAAGAAAUACCAGGAGAAUUCAUUUACUGAACUGUGUGGAGCUUUAUAGCUAUAACUUGAAGGCAGUGUUUUCUACUAAACAAAUAUAUCCUAGCCAAGUGAAUUUCUGAUAUGCAAUACAUGUUCUAGAUAAAAGAAAAUGUUGAUAAAUGGCAUAAAAGGAAAAUGUGCCAAGUUUUUAAUUUCAUGGAACAGAUAAACAAGAUUUCAAGUGGCUGACAGGAAUUUAACAAAGAUGAAAAGCUUAUUUUUGUUUGUAAUUUUUAUUUUGUUGCUUGAUGGCAGAGUUUUUGUUAAUUGUUCCAGUGUUAUGGAGAAGGUGACAUUGGAAGUGUUUCAGUGACAGAUGUCAAGAAUAUUUUAGAAUAUGUUCUGGCAUUUAAUGCAAAUAUAUAAUGCUGGGUUUUCCUCACAUACCUUUUAGCACUCCUGACUUCAGUGGAACUAUCUACUGAUCUAAAAAUUAUGAGGAGAAUUUGAUCCAACUGCUUUGACAUAAAGAUUUUACAGUUAUGCUGUGUAUAUAUUUGUUUACAUCAAGUCAAAGACACAGACUCACCUGGCAUAUAGCCAAACAGUGAGCUGUGCUUCUCUAGGAAGAGAUGCACGUGUCCCACAGGUAAGGAAAUCUAUACUGGGGAAUGAUUCCAGGUCACAGUGGUGAUAGCUCUUUAUUUGGGAGCACAGUAAAAUCCUGCUCCAUGGGUGAUGGAUUUGCUUAAGUCAGUCACUCCUGAGAGCCAGCACAGAUCGCUCCCUUCCCCUCCUGUGCUGGGUGAGAUGUGCUAAUAGAAUCCAGCUCAGUGUGACUGCACAGCGUUGGUGAGUGGAAAAAAGAAUGACAGAGGGUCUGGUGUAGCUCUACUGAAGUUCUCUCCACUGACUUCACCAUGGUAGAUCAGACAGUUUGUCCAACAAAUGACAAAUCAGCCUUCGAUUCCAACUCCCCCAGAACCCAGCUGGGGUUUUACUGGGAGCAUGAGGUCAUUGCUGCCUUCUUUCUGUUCCUCUAACUGCUGCUUUAAGGAAGAAAGAAGCAUCCUUAGGCUAAAUUGAGUAACCUUGUUCAAUAUAGCUAUCAGAUGAGGAAGAAGGUACCGCUUCCUCUGAAACAAUGAAGCACAACUCAUACCUCAUGCUUCCUGAUCACUCUCCCUUAGACGCUUGGAAAAACAGCAUGUGUAUGAUGGGGGCAGAGAGGGAUUAGGGAGCUGUAUGGAUGGGUCAUAGUUCUCAGUGGACACGGUCCCUCAGAGAACAAAGCUGGGACCAAUGGGCAUCAAAAGCGACUGGUUUUUGCAAUGUACAGAUCUUGGACUGAGUCCUAGUUUUCUGAGAAAUCUUUCAUAUUGAUGCUGUUCCAAAGUUUAAUUUUUAUGUAAUUGAAGUUUAGUACUAUUAUAUUGCAUACUGUUAACUAUUCAACUAUUUAUUUGGUUUCCUUAUGCUGUUCCUUUAUAAUAAACGCUGACAAAAGUUUUCUUGCUAUAAAACAA